AAAAUCUGACGUUCCACCGGCUCGAGCCACCGCCGCGCUUCUUGCCCUCUCGGACGCCGCCAGUCCGCCAUUACCAUAUUCCACUUCCAGUAAGAGUACCCUAUCCCCCAGUCCGGGAACCACCCUCUGAAUCCCAGCAGCGCCUUUCGUCGCCGCGGCCGACGGAGCCCCCAGCUCGUUCGCCGGGUCGUUCGUCUUCUCGCCGGUUUGUUACACAUCAGAUUCUUGUAGCGCGGAGGAGGCCGCGAGUCGGAUCCAAAGCUCGAAUCAUUUCCGGAUUUUAACUGCCCCGAGUUCCAGCACAAAGCGAAAUUCCGUGUCUGGAUUCGGAUUUGGAUCUCCGUCGCCGACUGGAGCAGGCCCUCGAUCUUUGGCUGAGCUGAUGGGACUUUUCCCCAGUGUACUCGGCAAAUUCAGAGGAGACCCGCCGCCGAUGGAGAAUAUGGUGGGCAAAUCGCCGGAGCCGGAACCGGAGCUGCCACCGGAUAUGCUCUCGAGCAUCUUUGCCCUCCUCGAGGUCCCUGACCUCGUGCGCGCAGGCUCUGUCUGCUCCUCCUGGCGCUCGGUGUACACUGCACUACGCAGUCAGCUUCUGAAGCACAAACAGCGCCAGACGCCUUGCCUCCUCUACCACACCUCUGAAUCUGCCGGAGAGAACGCAGCUUGCCUCUACAGCCUUGCGGAAAAGAGGGCCUACAAGUUAACCCUCCCUGAUCCACCGAUCCGCAGUAGGUAUCUGAUUGGCUCUUCGCAUGGCUGGCUGAUCACUUCCGAUGAGAGGUCCGAGCUGCACCUUGUAAAUCCAAUCACUGGUGAACAGAUUGUUCUCCCGUCAGUGAUUACUCUUGAGCAAGUCAAGCCGGUCUUUGACGAUGAAGGUUCUGUUCAUAAGUAUGAGUUGUGGGAGCCACGGUACACUGCACUUGCAGAAUUCCUUGGUCACGAGCCCUCAGUUUAUGCUCUCGAUGAGCUCCGUGACUAUCUCUACUUGAAGGCAUAUUUGUUUCCUGACCCGCAAACGGAAAGCUACAUUGUGGUGCUCAUUCAUAAUCCAGAAUAUCAGAUUUCAUUUGCAAGGGCAGGGGACUGUGGGUGGACCUUUCUGCCACCAGGUUGGAACUAUCAAGAAUGCAUCUACAAGGAUGGUAUACUGUAUGCAGUGACAAGAACUGGAUCAAUUGAUGCUUUUGAUCUCUCUGGUCCUACUGUCACAAGGAAGACGGUUCUGGGUGACAUGAAGAAUUAUAUUUGUGAGCACAUAUACAUUGUUCAGGCACCGUGGGGCGAUAUGCUGCAAGUUUGGAGGGAACAGCCCACUGUAGAUGGCGAUGCUGGUUCAGAGAACAUAAAGGAAACCAGCAAAAUAUUUGUAUAUAAGAUUGAUAUGGCAGCAAAAAAGCUUGUGGAAAUAAAUGGCUUGCAUGGCCAUGUGUUGUUUCUUGGGCAUAGCCAGACGCAGUGUCUCAGCGUGGAAGAAUAUCCGCAAUUGAAGGCGAACUGUGUCUACUUCACCGAUGAUGAUGGAUUUAUUUCAUCGUAUCAGAAUAGUAAACGUGAUAUAGGUGUUAUAAAUUUGGAAAACGACACCAGGGAAGAAAUUGUACCUCAGAUUUAUUGCAGCUGGCCAAAUCCCACAUGGAUUACACCCAGUCUUAGAAUGAUGCACUCGGGAUUGAUGUAAUUGUGUUCAAAUGCUAUGACAAUGGAGGCAUACUCCAUUUAUAUUUGUCGAAUCAAUAAUAUAAGGCCCUGUUUGGUUCAUAA